UUUUUGUUCAAACAACACAUCUCACAAAGAAAAAAAACAUCUGAUCUUUUCUCAAUCGUUUAUAACUUUCUCGUCUGUGCUUCUAGUUGAAUGGUCAGAGAAUCAAUGGAGGUUACUCAAUAUCAUCAAGGUUUUAAUAAAGGUUCAAGUUCUAGGGUUUCCAUGAACAAGAAUUCACAAGUAAUAUCCAAGAUCAAGCCCAAGAUUCGCAUCAUCCAUAUAUUUGCACCGGAGGUCAUCAAGACCGACGUCAAGAACUUCCGUUCACUAGUCCAAAGUUUAACCGGGAAACCAGCAGCUGGAGAGGUCAAAACCGGUAAAAGGAGUGCCAGACCGAGAAUUCCCAAGUCUCAAGAACCGGUUUGCGGAGAUCAUCAGCCGGUUAACAGGCGUCCGAGUUUCACCGGUUUAUUAGCAAACGGUGGAAACCUUGAGGUGAAAGAAGAAUGGGGACCCGGUGAUCAGCGUACUACUACGAACAGAAACACUUACUUUGACCUAGAAGGUUUGAUUCAAGACGUAGGAGAAGAUUACUUCUCUUCGUUUCCCAUGAGAUCUUCUCCUUCUUCACAAGUCGAAAGGCUCAUCUUCAACAACAACAACUUCGAUAUAAAGGGUCACGAUUCGUCCUGAGUAACCAAAGGUUUCAUCUGAUUCUUCAAUCACAUUGGUUGAUGAGAUCUAAACGUUUGAGGCAUGAAAUCAAACGAAGAAGGUCAUCUUUUUGGGAACAAAGGCAUGUAUAUAGAUGUCUGAAUUUUGAAUUUGAUGGGUAUGAUGAGAAACUGAAACUUUUGGUAGACUGACUUUGCCAAAAGGUUUUUUGAGGGUUGUAAUGAAGACUUUAAUUUAUGUGCAGUCCUUAUUGGAGAAGUGACUGUAUCUAAUCUUCGUGGGUAAAAAACCCUAGUUAUUUUGAUUUGUAACUUCAUUGAUGUGCUACUAUUGUUUUUCUUUUUGACAAAAAGAUGUGC